GCACUGGUGGGGGUGUGGUGCUAAAUUACGCCAUCAGAGGCUAUGGCCCAGCUGUGGGCUAAUGGUCCAUAGAUGGCAUUUACGUUAUUUAAAUGACGUCGAAGGGCAUUUUGUACUGUAUUUCAACUUUGGCAUAUCCAUAAUCCACUCAUGGAGGUCUAGUUGGAGUAGGGAUUUUUGUGUCUUCUUUCUGCAGCUUUAAUGGCGAUAUCAAUUGUAUCUGCAAAGCUCAAUUUUUCACAUGCAUUUCCAUUCUCAAAUUCAAUAAAGAGUCGUUCAUCAAAGACAGCGCAUUGCAUGCCGCUCCAGCAGAGCCAAGAACAGGAGGAUGGUGGAAUUAUGUGUGAACCUUGCAAAGGCAAAGGAUGGCUGCUUUGUGGUUUUUGCAAUGGACAAAAAACCAACGUGAAAGCAGAAAACAACCGAAUCUACCGUCGCUGUCCAUCAUGCAGAGCUAUCGGAUAUGUCUUGUGUUCAAAGUGCAAAGUUUAUAAGUGUGUUACUUACCCAAACUACAGUGAUGGUGGGCUCUGAUUAUCUCUUUCAUCUCCAGUUUUUCUUCAUGUACGUUGAGACCUUGAGAAGUUUCUACAUUUAGAGGUACCUGAGUGUGUACAUUUACUCACACUAAUGGCUAUGCAAUGGCUAAUUGUAUUAUUUUGGUCAAUUCUACUUGAAGUAUAGAGCAAGUUCUUAAUUGUUUUUACUUAAGGGCUUGGAUCUUCCUCUGUAGACUGUAUAUUGCUGUAUUCAUAGCCAAAAUGGCCAGUUAAUCCCAUUUGAUUUAUACA